ACGGCUGGCUGAAGGCCGUGCCGUAGGUAUUGGAGUUUGGUACCGUACGGCGGAAAAAAGGCUGAGAAACCGCCACAUGCCUCAUCGCCUUCUCCUCCCUCGCGGCGGCGGCCUCCUCCUCCCCCCUCUCCGCCGCCGCUCGCCGGCGUCCUCUCCUCCUCUUCGGAGCGUUGCCCCGCACGCCCUCCAUAGAAACUUCUUCUUCUCCCGCAUACGAGCCUUCUCCGGUAACCACGGCAUGGCUGCGGUCUCGCCGGAGCAGCAGCAGCGGCGGAGCGUGGAGGUGAGCGAGACCGUGGAGCUGACGGAGAAGGAAGAGCGGAUCUUCCGGCGGCUGCUUGAUGUCGUCCGCCACUUCGACCUCGGCACGCAGCUCCGCGUCGCCGGUGGCUGGGUCCGGGACAAGCUAUUGGGGAAAGACUCUGCUGACAUUGACAUUGCCCUUGAUAAUAUGACGGGCCGGAAUUUCUGCGAGAAAGUAAAUGAGUACUCAGAGUUGAUAGGGGAGGAGCAGAAAGGAAUUGGUGUUAUCCAGUGCAAUCCUGAUCAAUCCAAGCACUUGGAAACUGCUAGGAUGCUUAUAUUUGACAUCUGGAUUGAUUUUGUUAACUUGAGGUCUGAAAAAUAUGCCGAAAACAGUCGUAUUCCGACCAUGGAGAUUGGUACUGCCAAAGAAGAUGCAUACCGCAGGGACCUAACAAUUAAUAGUUUAUUCUUCAAUAUCAACAAUAAAUCAGUGGAAGAUUUAACUGGAAGAGGUAUUGAUGAUCUCAAAAAGGGCCUUAUUGUUACUCCUUUACCUGCCAAAGCUACCUUCCUGGAUGACCCACUCAGAGUUCUUCGAGCAAUCCGAUUUGCUGCUAGAUUUGACUUUACAUUAGCUGAAGAUUUGAAGGAAGCCGCUUCUGAUGAAAAGGUGAAGUCAGAACUUGGUAGCAAGAUUAGCAGAGAACGGAUUGGUCAUGAGAUUGAUCUUAUGAUGUUAGACAAACGCCCUGUUAAAGCAAUGUGUUACAUCCGUGAUUUGGGGCUAUUUUACGUUGUAUUUGCUUUCCCCGAUAAAUCCGACCCUCCAGUUUUUGACAAAUGUGAUUGGCAUUGUGUUUCGUAUAUUGAAGCAGCUUGGAAUCUUGCAUAUUUAACUGGCUGCUCUGUAUUCAGUGGUGGUUCUGACCCUAAGUUGCAGGAUGAACAGCGAAGGCUUUGCCUGUAUAGUGCACUAUUUAUUCCCCUCCGAAAUAUAUUCUACUUGGACAAAAAAUCUAAGGAGAUAUCCAGGUUCAUUUUAAUAUGUUUACCCAAUGUACUCUGGGAGCUAGAGAGUCUGUUGCAUCAUCUGCAGGUUCCUGUUACUAGCUAUAUUAUUCGGGACUCACUAAAGUUGAAAGGCAGUGAUGCUGAAACGGUUGUCAACAUACAUGCUGCCAGUGAAAAGUUUGCGGAACUAGUUCUUCUCUCUGAGUCAGAUGUUGAUAUGGGAACUCUGAAAGAGAAGCUGGAAGAUGAAUAUCUUGAGAUACCAACAGACUUGGUGAAACGUGUUUUUGCAGGACUUUUACUCCGUGAAAUAAAGGACUUUUGGCGGGUGGCACUGCUUAUAUCCAUUCUCUCUUAUCCAGAAGCUGAAAAUGUUGGUGACAUCCUUAGCCAGCAGGAUGAGCUACAUCGAAGGAAAGAGAAAUACAUCAGAGCUGAGCGUUCCAUAACUGACCUCGAUCUUGAUGGGGUGUGGAAGUUGAAGCCGUUACUUGAUGGCAAAACCAUUAUGGGAGUUAUGCAGGUCAAAGGAGGUCCACUGAUAGGAAAAUGGCAACAACGGCUGGUGAAGUGGCAGCUUGCGCAUCCGAGAGGAACUGCGGAUGAGUGCAUCGAGUGGAUGAAGCAGUCGCAAUCGAAACGUCAAAAAGUAGAAUCCAGUGCCUGAUAGUCAAUGACAUUUUUAGCAUAGGCAGUCUUCAGAUAGGUCACCAACUGCCCGUUGCAACAGUUUGCAUCAGUUAAACCGCCGCCUCGGUAAACACAUGCACUGAAACGCCUGCUGCCACCUGUGGCAAAUGCAAAAACGUCUUCAUAGGAUGAUAGCUUGAUCUUGGUCCACGUCACUAAUGCGCGCGAUGAGUUGUUGAUUGUUAUUAAAAGACCCUGCCUCUGGUUAUUAUGUUGUUUUUUUUUUCUAUUUCUGGAACAUAGUAGAGAGUCAAGAGAGGGGUGGGGGUUUUCAAUUUAAAUCUCUAAAAUUUCUAGACAAAAAUCAUGGAAGUAUACUUAGCUCUUGGAACACGAAAGAAAGUGCUUCUAGAUUAAUUUCAAAA